GAGGGGAGAGCGGGCCCUGAGGGGAAGACCCCAGGACAUGGUGGCGGCGAUUGCUGCAUCACAAAUCCCUUACGGUUCGAAGGGAUCUCUGGAGAUCAUCCGAGACAGGGACUCCCGGAGCAGGUGACAGUGUUACCCACUGAGAUACCGGAUUCGUUACCUGAUGUGCAGCAAGCCAGUAAUUACACACUCAGAAAGAGAUUGAUUUAUAUUAGAGUUGUGCUAGCCUUGGGUGCGCAGUGCUGUUCCACGAAUCAAGCACGCCAACUCUCAAAAUAUUUUACUGUUUUUACGUUUUAAAUAGAAAUUUGUGUUCACUACAUACAAGUAAUGUAGUUCUCGUGUUAAUUAGUAUUCUAUUUUCUAUUGUUUAGUUCUCUUUGCUUCUCAUACUAAUUAGAGCACAUGCUCUUUCUCUUCUUUUCGGCCGGUGGUCGUGACCUGCCGCUGCUGGAAUUACCUUUCACCAGUUGGAAGUGAUUUCAGCCUAGUUACUGGGUCGGCUUUGCUAGUUUAUUCUUUAUUGUGGGAGUUCUGCAAGAUGUCCUUGUGGGCCAUAAAUUCUGCAUUCUUUGUGUCUGCUAUCAGUGGCACAUCCUCCUUCCCAAGCUUUGUUAACCUCCUCCUAAGCUAAAAUAAUUGAAACAUGGUAAGCCCUAAACCUUAACAAGGCAGUUCUACCAAAAAGUAUUUUUCCCCAUUAUCUGGACAUCACUUAGAGCUUGAUACCUGCUGUUUCAUGGACUAAAUCUCCUUCCUUGUUGAUUAGGCUAGAAAGUAUGCAAAGAUCAAACAUCAAAGAACAUCCUUUCUUAAGAAAAUUUUACAUAAUCCACAUUUUGAACAACACAAAUGCUUGGAGAUGGGUUUUGAAUAUCUCUAAAGACAGGAGUUUCACAUCUUGCCUUAGGCAGCUGUUUCAGUGCUCUGCCACCCUCAGUGUAAUGAAGUUCUCCCUCUUGCUUCGGAUACAUGCUUCAUGGUACAUACACACGCUAUAAAUUGCUGGGUCAAAUAUUGUUAAAAUUGCUGUUACAAAUAUUGUUAAAAACCAGUUGGAGAGGGGAAUGCCUCAGCAGGUGAGUAGUGCAUUAAGGCUCUGAUGCAGAAUCGCCAGGGAGAGAGAGGAGGAUUUACUCACCCUUCAGGUUUUAUUUUAAAAUUAUUUCGGAUCUCUAUUAGCACUAAAAUCCCAGACUUUUUAACUCAGCGCUUUCGGAAAAAUGAGACGGGUGAAAAAAAAGUGGUGUCAGAAGUGGGAUUCGAACCCACGCCUCCAUACGGAGACCAGAACACCCAAACCCGCCGCGGGAAGGCGCGGAACGCCUUGAGUCUGGCGCCUUAGACCACUCGGCCAUCCUGACACUGCGUUCGCAGCUCUGACCGGGACAGAUUUAGCGCUGUCGUCAGAGCCGUACCCGUUGCUCUCCGUUCCUCGGUCCCUCACGGGGACUGUCUGUACUCGGGAGGUGCGGGAGCGCAGCCAGGGAAUCACCAGCUCGGCUCGUCCCGGCCGCGGAGCUCCGCCGCAGCGAGGAGGAGCCCGCCGUUACCCACAGGCCCCCGCCGCGCCGCCACUUCCGCCGCGACCAUUUUGUUCUUCACCGGCGUCAAGGGUACGCGCUGGGCUCUCGUCAUGUUCCCGCUGGCCAGGACCGCGCAGAGCCUCGUCGCUCGUGGCAUCCAGCACACUGCAGUCAGACAAGCUCAUCGCAAGCACGAGCCGACCUUCCACGAUAAAUUUGGAACCAUGAUUCUCCUUGGUGGAGCCAGCAUGUUCUCUGCUGUCUGGGGCUAUGUGCUCACACAGCUUAAUGUGGAGUGGGGCUUUUCACCUGUUGGCAGAAUCACUCCAAGCGAAUGGAGGGAGUAACAGCCUCUGCUUCUAAUGAACUGGUCUAAAGUUUCACUGAGAAAAUGGUUGUGUAAUUGUAUUUGUUCCUGAUUACCACUUGGACAGUGGCAUUCCUGGUCUAAUAAACAAACCUAGAAACCUG